AUGAGCGAAGCUCUGAUAUAAUACGAUAUAAUCAUAUUAGGAAACACAAAAACAGGGAAAAAAACAUUGAGGGACUUUCUUGCUAGUUUAUCUCCCUAAGAAAGCUUGCAAUAAGGAGGAAGUAGUAGAAUAAGCAUGAUGAAAAGAAAGUAUUAACUGAAUUAAGAUGUUACUUUCUCAGUGAGAUAUUGGGUCAAUAGGGGUGAUUUCAGAACCUAUUCAAAUUUUAUUAAAACUAUUGAAAACGUGAAGGGAGUUGUAGUCUUAGUUGAUUUAAGUGACCGUAAAUCUAUACAAAAAAUUGAAAACUACUUUAUUAGCUUCCAAAGAAGAAAUCUUCCACUUUUCUUAGUCGGAAACAAGUGUGAUCUUGACAGAGAAGUAUCAUCAAAAGAGAUGAUGAAUAUAGCUUAGCGUUUCAACGCUCAAUAUUAUGAAGUUUCUUUGCUAACAGGUGAAAUGACCGAUGAGUUAUAUUAGGGAAUUUUACUUAGCACUUUUAAGGAAAAUUAUACAAAAGGCAGCUGCGGCACUUAUGUUAAGAAUGUAAGAGAAUUGUAGCAUUAGAAAAAGAGAGCUCUCGCCUACAGAUAUGCUUUAGAGUAAGUUUAUGGAAACACUAUCCGAAAAGAUAUUCUCAGAUAGUCUCUUAGCAAUAUUGUUCCCUAGUAAAUACUUUAAGGAGAGACAGAUUAAGAUGGGUAUAGUCGAGAGGCCUAGUAAAUCUAGUAGUAAAUUUAAGGCAGCCUUUUCGCUGGCAACUUCGAUGACUAAUAAGAUCAAGGACUCUUCUAAAACUUUCUCGCUAAGAACUCUCUCAUGACUGACUUAUCUUCAUCUGUUAUCCAACACAUUGCAUUCAAUCCUUAGUAGAUUGAUGUUUUAAACUGA